UUACAAUUCAGUUGAACUCUAUCUAACUUAAACCGACCCGGUUUAACUCGAACAAGAGUUACUUUACUUGGAGUUGUCGUAACACAGAGACAUCACAAAACUUUCACACACCGACCGACAUGUCGUCGAGAUCCUUAGCUCUCGUUUACUUAUCCAUACUUUGCCUUCAAACCCAUCUCACUUUCUCUGCCACGGUUCCGAUUCCGUCGGAGAACGGAGAAAUCGACGCAAUGCUGACCCGGGGCGGCGUAAUCGGGGAGGAGGAAGGAGAAGAGAUGAUGAUGCCAUCGGAGAUAAGCCGGAGAGUGAUGAUGAUGCGGAAACGGUACAUAAGCUAUGAAACUUUGAGGAGAGACAUGGUUCCUUGUCAGAAACCAGGUGCUUCUUACUACGCUUGUCGCUCUGGUCAGGCUAAUUCUUACAACAGAGGAUGCAGUAUCAUUACUAGGUGUGCUAGAGACACUAACGAUAUCAAGACUUGAUAACAUUGGGGAAUGGGAAGGCUUCUUUUUUAGUUGUUGUUGUUGUUUUCUUUGAGGAUGUCUGAGUUUGAAAAAUGCAGAUGCUAUGAAGAUGAUGCUCUCUCUAAGGAUGAGGCAAAUGUAAUCUUAUUGUUACUGUGUUUUUUUUUUGUAAUGUUGUUGAUUAAUAGUGAUAUAUGAUUUCGAAUGAUCUGGUUAUAAUU